AAAACAUGGGUUGUCUGUAACCUAAAAAGAGAAAUAGAAUUGUAGCCAUGUAAACCAUGAACAAAGACUAAGUUUUCACUUCGACUGCUGAUAUCCAUCAAUUGUACAACUUUGGGAAGGUGUUGGGAGUAGGCUCAUUUGGGAAAGUAUUAUUAGCGAAAAUGAAACAGAACUCUGAAAAACAAUAUGCUAUUAAAGUAAUUGAUAAGAGGAGAGUAAAAGGCAAAGAGGCAUUGCUUGCUAAUGAAAUAUUCGUCUUACAAUAACUUGAUCACCCUAAUAUCAUUAAAUUUUAUGAGGUUUAUUAGAGUCCUCUAUAUUUCUAUAUUUGCAUGGAUUAUUGUUAAGGAGGCGAACUCGUAGAGAGAAUAGCCAAACAAUAAUCAACUCUAUCUGAAGGUUAAGUAUAGACUAUCAUACAAAAAGUAUUUAGUUUUUCAUUUAUAGAUUUGUUCAGCCAUUGUUUACAUCCAUGAUUUAGGUUUGGUACAUCGCGAUAUAAAGCCUGAGAACAUCAUGUUUAGUGAAAAGGAUAUAUAUUCGGAACCAAAGUUGAUAGAUUUUGGAUUGGCAAACAAGUAUGACACUACUCACAUAAAGUAUUUGAAUCAAGAAUAUUCUAAGACGAUUGAAAACAUUUGUGGGAACACCUCUCUACUUACCACCUGAAGUGAUUGAUGGUGAAUAUGAUGAAAAAUGUGAUGUAUGGAGUUUAGGAGUUAUGCUAUUUAGUUUGUUAUGUGGCUAUCCACCUUUCUAUGGCAAAAACAGAGCCUAAUUAUAUGAAAAUAUCAAAACACAAAAUGUAAUUUAGAUAAAUAUUAGUACAGCUUGUAUUUGAUAGACGUCAUUGGAGAAAUAUCAGUGAAUAAGCCAAAGAUUUAAUUUAAAAAAUGCUAAUGAAAACACCAAAAAAACGAUUGUCUGCCAGGGAAUGUCUUAAACAUGCAUGGUUCGAAAUGCAAUUUUAGAAUGUAAAAGUUCAUAGAGAAAAGAGUUAAUAACUAUUAACUUAGACUCAAGAAGAUAAUAGGACUAUUUAUUAAAUGCUCAAAAUGUUUAGAGGAGGAGCCAAAUUUAAAAAAGAAGUUACUAAAGUUCUCGUUAAUUAAAUGAAUGAGAAGGAAUUACACCAUCUCAAGCAAGUCUUCUAAAAAAUAGAUGUUGACAAUUCUGGAACCAUCACCAUUGAAGAAUUAAGGGAAGCACUCUAAUAAGAGGUACUUAUCUUUAAUUGAAAUAGGGAUCUCCUGCUUCCUUGGAGGAAAUAGAAUAGAUCAUCUAAACCAUAGUUUUGGAGGAAGAUGAAGAGGAGAGCAGCAACUUGGAAAUGGACAAAGAACCUUCCCCUCUUGUUAUCAAAUACACCGACUUUUUGGCUGCUUGCAUUGAUGAAAGGAAGGUCUUGACCAGAGAAAAAGUAUUCUAGUGUUUUCAUUUAGUUAUGGUCACUCUUUAAGUAUUUUGAUACUUUAAAUGUCAACUACAUAACCAAAGAGGAUAUUAAGGAGGCCUUGGCUCGACAUGGAAGACAGAUGUCAGAUGAGAAAAUCGAUUAGAUGAUUCAGGAGAUUGAUCCUAAUCAUGAUAAUAAGAUUAGCUUUGAUGAGUUCUUAUAAAUGAUGGGGGUUGCAGGCAUUGAGCAAACUAUGAAUAUUAGAGAUGAAGUAAAAGAAAUUGAGAUAUAAAGUUGA